AAUAUAUCGUUGUUUAUAUAUAUCGUCGAUAUUAAGAUUAUCUAAUAGAAAGUUACUAUUUAGUACGCAUAUCAAGUGCACGAUAUAAACCAAGCCAAUAUCUCUAGUAGUAUAUAUUUCAGUGCAUUAUAACCUUCACUUGUCGGGAAAUUGUCGCCUAACCUCGAAAAGAAUAUUUCUAUUGCGCUGUAGUGCACAUAGUGAAAUGAAAUGUCACUUAAUUUCUUAUAUGUGUUAAUUUAUAAUUUAUUAAACAAUAAUGAUGGAAGUGAACAACAUCGAUGAAGAAGAUGAAGAUGUCGUAAUAAAAGGUAGCGCUCUUCAUGAACAUCUAUUAAAAUUUGGCUAUACAGAAUUUGAAAGUAUAUCUAUAUCCAAAAGAACAUAUUUUGAAGAAGACCAUUCUUUAAAUAUUAAUGUUAAAAAUACCUUAAAAAAAGUUUACACGAAGCUAUUUUCUUUUUAUUCUUGGAUAACACAGGAAAAAAACAUUUCUAGGAAUCAAUUAAGCAUUAUUUUGAAUGCAGAAGUUCUAUUAAAUGAUCAUUCUUCUAUGAUUAAUAAUAUUCUAAUUAAAUGCAGUAAUGAUUCUAAAAAAAUAAUGCUGCAAGAUUUAAUUGUGAAUGGAGUUAUAUUAAUCUCUUCAAUAUAUAUUUCAUUAAGUAAACAUAAGAUAUCGGUAUUAUUUACAUCAGCUGUCAUCUGUUGUACUGGUUACAUACAACAUUUACGUUUUCGUGCCAGCAAAGAUUUAAAACAUCUUAUAUCAUUGCAAAAUGAACUUUUAGCCAUGUGUAAGAAAAGUCUUAAGAUCUUACGGCAUGUGUUGAAAAUAAAAUUGAGUUUUAAAACACAUGUUCAACAGUUUUUUCACUUUCUCGGAGAAAAAUUGCAGUAUCUGCAAUCUUUGACAGAAACUUUACUAAGUUUUAUGGAAAAUAUUUCAUAUAUAUAUUAUGAAUGCUCCUUAUUGAUUGCGAAAAUAAUGCCAUCAGACAUAGUCAAUGGAGAGUUAUUUACCAAAUUUGAACGUAAUACAUUUUGUGCAUUUGGCGAAAUUAAUUAUCAGAUAUUAAAGAAAUCAUAUCACACUUAUCUUCUGGUACAAUCGGAAAUGUUACAUUUAUUAGCUAUUGCCUAUGACAGAAAUACCUGGAUAAGUUCUUGUCAAAAGAUUCCUGAAACAGAACUAACUUAUAUCAUCUACAUUUUAACUAAAAAAUUGGCAGUAUACAAAGUCAAACUGUCAAAAAUUCUUUAUGAUUAUGAUACUUGCAAAGCAGAACCUAUUCGAUACAAAGUACGGGACAUAGCAAAAUGGCAUGAUCCGUCCGUUCAAUUGGACUUGGCGUCUCAUAAACUACAAUUGGCUUAUAAUCAAGUGUUUUUAAUAUUUAAAAACAUUGAUGACUGCAUCAGUCAGGAGAGUGGUAUCAAUGAUAAAACAGCUGAGAUACUAAUGCAAAAACUGGAUAAAACAUUCAAGGAAUUUAACAUAGCUAAAAAUUUAGCAGAGUUUACCAUUUUGUUGAUAGCAAAAUCAGGAUUUAAUAACUUGAGAGGCAAUAAACCUAAAAUUAAUCAUACCAAGAUAGAUGAGAAUUCUGAUUUAUCUGUGAUUUUCAAUUCAGAUCCAGAAAUUCUCGACGAAGUAUUUGAAGAAUAUAUUAAAGAAGAAUAUUUAAAACCUUUGCAUGAAGAAAAAGACGAAUACUCACUGAAACAAUAUAAAUUAGAUAAUCUUUUGGUGAAAAACUUUAUGAGCGAGUUAAAAGAGGUUUUACUAGAUAAAAGAAAAUCUAUGUCCGAACGUGAAUCUAAAGCACUACAACGUAUAUACAAAAAUAUAUCAGAGGAUACUACACUGAAUAAUGAAAAUAAUAUAUGCAAAAACUAUCAAUUUAUACCUGUUCCACCACCAAUGCCUCCUUAUUAUUUAUGGUUAACUUCAUCAAAGAAUAUUACACUUAAUGCAAAUUGUGAGAAAAUCGCUUCCUCUAAUUGUAAAGUUGCAAAUGGUAGCUUAUCUAUUCAAAAAGACAUUGACAAAUUAAAUGAAGAAUGUAAUUCUGUAGAACCAUUAAGAUAUAAAAGCAUUUCAAAUAUAUCACUUACUGAAACUCAUGAUGAAGAAGAUAAAGAAACUGUUUCAUAUUUACCACAGAUUCUUCUUCAAACUCAAGCUUCUCAAUAUAUCAUGAAACUACCAUGUAGUUUUAUGCAGGAGGAAACAUUCAUAGGAAAUGGUGAAAACUUUGAAGACGAGAUUGUAGAUAAUCCAAAUAAUGAUGAUAAAAAUAGUGAAAAUUCCCAAUUAAAUAAUCCGUUUUAGUAAAUAUUAACAAAGCAUAACACACAUGUAGCAUUUUAAUAUAAUAAAAUAUCUCAUA